AUGAAGAAGCAAACAGAAAUAAUGAUACAUAUGAAGGGGAUCUAAGUUUAUUAUCUCAGACUAAUUUAAUUUUAGAAGAUGUUGUAAAUCUUCGGGACCCGGUCUUUCAAGAAAGAGAUACU